AGUAGCAGCAGCAGCUAGCGGGCAGCACAACCUGCUGUGCACAACUAAAGCGAGGUUUUUCACAUUUAUAAUAACACUAAGAGGACAUUUUCGCUUGACAGGAUAUUGAUGUCAUUUUGUGGCACCCAAAACGGCGGCCGCCGCAGUAAAUGGGACCAGCCCGGCCCCGGCCCGGGUUCCGCUGGGAUGGGGGAGGCUGAGGCUGCUCCCACCGGGGCUCUGGAUGCUGCAGCUGCUGUGGCUGCCAAGAUUAAUGCAAUGCUGGUAGCUAAGGGCAAACUCAAACCCUCGCAAAUAGGCAUCCCGGGGCCACCUGAUAAGGCUGUAGGGAUUGGGAAGCCUCCAGCACCAGCGAAAGCCAAAGACGACCUGGUUGUAGCUGAGGUGGAGAUCAAUGACGUCCCUAUCACCUGUCGGAAUCUGCUGACACGUGGACAAACGCAGGAUGAGAUCAGUAAAGUCAGCGGUGCUGCAGUUUCAACCAGAGGCCGGUACAUGACGGCAGAGGAGAAGGGCAAAGCGCUACCAGGGGAUCGACCUCUGUAUCUGCAUGUCCAGGGACAAACAAGGGAACUCGUCGACAGGGCGGUUAAUAGAAUCAAAGAGAUAAUAACCAAUGGUGUGGUGAAGGCUGCAACUGCCUCAUCAUCAUCUUCUCCCUUCUGCCCAACUGGAACUUCAGUCACAGUUUACCAGCAGCACAAUGCGCCUCCUCCCUCACUGCCCCCCAUAACCCACCACAAACCACACUUUCAGUCCGGGAUGCAUUAUGUUCAAGAUAAAAUCUUUGUGGGCCUGGAGCACGCAAUCCCGGGGUUCGUGGUCAAAGAGCGGGUGGAGGGCCCUGGCUGUUCAUACCUGCAGCACAUCCAGGCCGAGACUGGGGCCAAAGUCUUCCUCAGAGGAAAAGGAUCAGGCUGUUUAGAGCCUGCCUCUGGACGAGAGGCCUUUGAACCCAUGUACAUCUACAUCAGUCAUCCUAAACCAGAAGGACUUGCAGCAGCAAAAACCUUGUGCGAGAACCUGCUUCAGACGGUCCAUGCAGAGUAUUCUCGUUUCCUCAAUCAAAUGAGCUCAAUGAUGCCGACACAACAAGGCUUUGCUCAGCCUCCAGUGGUGAAUGGGAUGCCCCCGCAGCCUCCUUACUACCCCCCUGCUGGAUUCCAGCCCGGCUACGCCAUGCCUGUACCACCACCUCAACCCGUCUCUCUACCUUACGUUGUCCCACCUCCUUUACAUCCAGCAGCAGCUGCUGGUGUCCCACCUCAGUACCCCCUCCCUCCUGUCCCUGCCCCUGUCCCUGCUCCCAUUCCCACCCACACCCUUGCUCCAGCGCCAGUUCCCGCACCUGUACCUGCUCUUGCUUCAGGCACUCUGCCACAGACUCUUCCUCCUGUACCUUUUCUUCCAUCAGCUGCAGCGCCACCCAAAGCUCCGCUUCCUGCCGUAUCAGCCAACCCACCACAGAAGAGACGCUUCACAGAGGAGGUCCCAGACGAGAGAAACAGCGGCCUGCUCGGAUACCAGCAUGGACCCAUUCAUAUGACUAAUUUAGGUGCAGGCUUCCCCGUGGGCAGCCCGGAGGCUACAGGACCCCCACCAACACAGAGUUCCUCCGGCCCACCGAGUGAGAGGGACAGUCGGCAGCUAAUGCCCCCACCUUUGCUGCCGGUGAACGGAGUGAGACCCAAGAUGGAGGAGAGAAGGGCACCUCAAGGCCCCGUGGAGCCCUCAGUGAAGAGAUUAAAAACUGGUUUGGUGGCGUACACCGGCGACUCCUCUGAUGAAGAGGAAGACCACUCAGCCUCCAAAGCCUCGGGGCAAGGUAACCCUGGGGCCGUUCCCCCCACCUCCACCUCCUCAGCCUGGACACAGGGCUAUCGCUGCCCUCCUCCACCACCCCCUCGUGCUAAAACGCAGCCACAGCAACAGUCUAUGCCUUUCUGGAUGGCGCCCUAAAAGAUGAAUAAUCUAAAACUCCUUCAGUGCUUUUGUGCCGAGUCUUACAGGAUGUUCACCCAAACUGAGCCUCUCUCUCUUUUUUUCAAUCACGUGGAUGACGCUUAACAGCUACAUGUUGGUUGCAGGAUUAUUUUAGUACUUUGGGUCCAAACGGGCCGACUGUUUUUUUUGGAAAACUUUAUUUUGGUGCACACAUCAUAGUUUGAAGAUGAACAUUUGCAGGACUGACACUCAAACUAUUUUGUGGCUGUAUAGAUGGUCAGAUUGGUGAUAUUCUUCCUUAUGUUUAAUUUGGAAUGGUUUUAAAACUGAUGCCAGACUAAUUGUUUGAAUUUACUGUCUUUGUAUGAACAUUAUUACAAGGCAAUGAUGUUGAACAUCACUGACCACCUUCCAUUUGAUCCCUCGUAGCUUUUUGUACUCUGUCACCCCUUUUCCUUUCCGUUCUCCCUGUCCAAGUCAGUGACACCAUCCUUUCCUAUUCUGGUCUUUUUUGUACAGAUCAUAUUGGACUAAUGUGUAGUAAGCCUAUUCAAUUUAUUUCAUGCUUUUAUUAAAAAAAAUAAACUUAAUUUAUUGCCGUG